UGUUGUUUUACACAAGUAGGAAAGAGUUAGUACAAGUACUUGCCUGCCUUUUCUCUAUCAGGCUGCAGUUUUCUAUAGUUUAGUAUAAUAGAGAAAACGUGCUCCAGUAUAUUAUAGAGCUCAUUGCCUAUCGUUGAGGUAGAUUUAUGUAUCAGUGGAGAAUACGUAAUUGUACGUCUUAUUUCAAACGAAAACGCAAAUCAGCGGAACAUUGGUCAUAUCAGGCUAAGGUCUGGGACUUGGAACAGCUGAUAAAACGAACAAGAAAAAACAGAUCAACAGAGACAUUGUUGGAUGCGUACGAUAAUUACAGUCUGCCGGUUUGAUAUAGUUUCCAUAUGAGUUUAUCCAAGUUUUCUUCUGAAGUCAUGGAUUAUCAUUUCCCAGAAUUCAAUUCGAAAGACGCGAUCCAAACUUGGUUAACAAGUUUGGAGGCGUACAUUAAUGAACCAGCAGUAAACAAAUCUGUUCGACAAAUAACUUAUUUAGCAACCACAAUAACAGAGGACAAUAAAAUUGCUUGGUUACUAAAGGCAAUAAGUUUCCUUGAUUUAACUACUUUGAAUAACGACGAUACAAGUAGCACCAUAGAACAAUUGUGUGAAAAUGCUGCAAACCCUAUAAAGGAGCUUCCAUUUGAAUGGAAUAAACCACUUCAUACUGCUGCUGUUUGUGUUUAUCCAUCCAAAAUAAAAGAUGCAAUAAAUACCUUAAAGAGAUUGAAGAAAACGCAUGUAAUUAAGGUCGCUAGUGUGGCAGCAGGAUUUCCUUCUGGACAAUUUCCAUUGGAGACUCGAUUGCAGGAAGUGCGCUUGGCAAUAGAAUAUGGAGCACAGGAAAUAGAUGUUGUGAUCGAUCGAUCGCUAGUUUUAAAUCAUCAAUGGAUGGUGCUGUUUCAAGAGCUGAUAUCUAUUCGUGCACUUUGUCCUAAGAAUGCAGAAAAAACAGUAUGUUUAAAAGUUAUAAUAUCAUCAGGAGAAUUGUUCAACUUGAGAGAUAUAUAUAAGGCGUCCAUAGUAGCUCUAUUUGCUGGCGCUGAUUUCAUCAAGACAUCUACAGGGAAAGAUGUAGUUAAUGCGACUUUGCAAGCGGGAAUUGUUAUGUGUAGAGCGAUAAAAGAAUUUGAAAGACUGGCCGGAAUAAAGGCUGGCUUUAAAUCUGCCGGAGGAAUUAAGACUGCACAAAACGCUUUAGAAUGGAUGGUUUUGAUUAAGGAAGAAUUGGGGAAUAAUUGUUUGACAAGCGAUUGUUUCAGAAUCGGUGCAUCAAGUUUAUUGCAAAAUAUUAGUACUGAAAUUAUCGAAAUAUAUAAAAAUAAGCCAAUUCAACGACCACUGGAUUCUGCCAGUGAAAACCAGACAGUUGAAGGAGAAAAUAAAGAUGAAGGAGAUAAUGAAGAUGAAGAAGUUGAAGGAGAUAAUGAAGAUGAAGAAGAUGAAGGAGAUAAUAAAGAUGAAGCAGAAAAAGAGACUUAGUUAAUUGGAUCUAGAUAA